AUGAUGAACCCUAACAACACUAUAACCUUCAACCCCAACACCUCCAAAUACUCGGUCAACUUCGCCGGAAAAACCAUAGAAACAACCCUAACAGACAAAGCAGCCAUAGUUGACGAAUGGGUGCAAGAAAUCCUCUCCAUAUAUGCAGGAAAGCCCAUGGUGGUUGGCCUAGACAUCGAGUGGAGGCCUAACCGGAUCCCAUCAAUGAGCAACAAGUCUGCCACCCUGCAACUCUGCAUCAACAACAAGUGCCUCAUCCUUCAACUCUUCUACAUGGAUGAAAUCCCACAAUCUCUCAAGGGUUUCCUUUUAGACUCGAACUUCACUUUUGUGGGGGUUGAGGUUGGUGCUGACAUUGACAAGCUUAAGAAUGAGUAUGGCCUAGAGUGCAGCUGCAGUGCAGACGUUAGGAUUCUUGCCAUGCAGCGGUGGCCUGGGCGGUUCCGGCGACCGGGUCUGAAGGACCUGGCAUGGGAAGUGGUAAAUCUGAGGAUGAAGAAGCCGAAGCAUGUGUGCAUGAGUAACUGGGAAGCAAGGGUGCUUAAUGAAAACCAAGUUGAAUAUGCCUGCAUUGAUGCUUAUGCUUCUUAUAGAAUUGGCCACAAGUUGAUCAUAGAAAAAUAUUGA